AUGUCGUCAGCUUCUCCUGGGCAAGACCAACCCCAAGGGUCCAGGGCCGGAGAGAAACGCAAGGCGCCGAAUGAAUACUCCGAUAACCCCAAUACCGUCAAGUUCCGGAAGCGAGUGGAUAACAUGAGCAUGGCUGAGAGGGAGGUCCAUAAGCGAUAUAUUACAAUGAACACUCGCUUUAGCCGCGAAUUUUCGAAGCUUAAGAAGACAAGCGCAUACCAGAAUGCAUCGCCUAGCAACCAGGCCAGGCAGAAAGACCAACUCCGCCAGGCUAAUAAGGAAUACUAG